AUGUGUGAGUCUGCUAAAGAAAUUUUGGAUACUUUUAUUGUUUCCUAUGAAGGAACAACACAAAUAAAAGAAUCAAAAAUCGAUAAGCUUGUCACUGAAUAUGAAUUAUUCAAGAUGUUAGAAAAUGAAACUAUUGCUGAUAUAUUUUUAAGAUUUAUUAACAUCAUAAACAAGUUGAAGGGCUUAGGGAAGACCUACACGAAGUCCGAAAAUAUGCGAAAGAUCCUCAGGUCACUUCUUUCCAAAUGGAGACUAAAGGUUACGACCAUAAAAGAAUCAAAAAAUCUGAACAUGGUCAAUAUGGAUGAGCUUAUGGGAUCUCUCCUAACUCAUGAAGUUGAGUUAAAUGAAGAUGACAAGUGGGCAGAGACGAAAGAGCUAAGGAGAAAAACUAUUGCACUUAAAGCUGCAAACUCUUCUGAUGAUGAAAGCGAUGAAGAUGAAAAUCUGAGCAUAUCAGAGAAGGAGAUGUCUCUAAUCAUCAAGAACUUUAAAAAAUUCCUCAAAAGGAAAGGAAGAAAGUUCUUCAACAAAGGACAGACAUCAAAAGAUAACAAAGGUAAAUACAUUCCUAAGGAUAAACCUUCUUUUUCUAACAGAAAAGAUAUAGUUUGUUAUGAAUGCAGAAAGCCUGGUCACUUCAAAAUUGAGUGUCCAAAGGGUCAAGAUAAGAAGAAAGCCUACAUCACUGAAAUAUCAUGGGAUUCGGAUGAAGAACAAGAAGAAGAUCAAUCCGAAGAAGAAACCACAAACCUAGCACUAAUGGUUCAUGAAAGAGAAAAUGAAUUAGAGGUAAAUUUUGACUUCUUUAGUUCAAAUAGCAAUUCAAUUGAUGAUAUUGAUACAAAUGAUAUAGAUGAAGAUGAUAUAGAAAUAGGCUUUAAAGCUCUCUAUGAGGCAAGCCAAAAGCUUGAGGCUUCCAACUCUACAUUAGAGAAAGAAGUUAUUAGCCUUCAUAAUAAAGUAGACAGUCUACAUGAUUAUAUUCCUAAACUUGAAGAAGAAAAAGAAAAUUUGAAGUCGGCUUUGCUCACCUUUACCAAGGGACAAAAAUCCCUAGAUACUCUUUUUGGUACACCAUAA